CUCUGUGUUGACAACAGGUAACACGUGAGAAAUAGCGAAAACUGAGCGACGUUGAUAAGAUGUGGUUUUACAAACUAAACGUUAGGUUGUUGAAUGUUAAAUUAUGCUCGGCAGUGAUAUUUAUUCGAUCGAUAUGACAAGCUUGCUUGCUUACACUUGUUUAUUAGUUACUUUGCACAAUGCACAUGCAUUGAUAUAAAAGGUGUGACUCUCUUACCCAGUAAACCAUGAUAGCGGUGGAGACAGGACUCUAUAUUGGAUCCGUGUCGGAUCUGAAGGACGAUCAAAUCCUGAAGGAUGCAGGUAUAACUCACAUAUUGACUGUUGAUUCAGAAGAACCUGCUCUUACUGGAUUUCACACGAAAUUUGUCCGUGCACUGGAUGAUGCGUCUACAGAUCUCCUCAGCAAACUCAACGACUGUAUCAGCUUUAUAGCGGAAGCUCGGUCUGAACAGUCUACUGUUCUUGUGCACUGCCAUGUAGGUCAAAGUAGAAGUGCUGCUGUGGUGACCGCUUAUCUGAUGAAAGCACAAAGCCUGAGUUUGCAUGAUGCAUAUACCAAACUUCAAAACCUAAAACUUGAUGUUAAAAUGAAUGAAGAGUUUCUGGACCAGCUGGCUCUUUUUGAAUUAAUGGAUUGCAAAGUAGACACCACAAAUCCUUUAUACAAACAAUUUAGAUUAAGGAAGAUUACAGAGAAAUAUCCAGAGCUCCAGAAUGUUCCAAAAGAGCUGUUUGCUGUUGACCCUGACCAAACCCAGAAUGCCGAGGCUGUUUACAGAUGUAGAAAGUGCAGACGUACACUUUUCCGCCACUCCAGCAUUCUGAGUCAUUGUGUGGGAGGUGGCGCAUCAUCGUUCUCUCAUAAAAAGACAAGGAUGAUGACCCCUACAGCUGAAGAUCAGAGACAGUGUACAUCUUACUUUAUAGAGCCAGUGCAGUGGAUGAAGCAGGCCUUGCUCGGGGUUAUGGAUGGACAGCUUUUGUGUCCCAAAUGCAACUCAAAGCUGGGCUCCUUUAACUGGUAUGGUGAACAGUGUUCAUGUGGCCGCUGGAUGACACCGGCCUUCCAGAUGCACAAGAACAGAGUGGAUGAAAUUAAACACAUCAGUAUAUCUGCACUCAAAUGACCCACAAAUAAACAAAUAAAAAAUAUGAAAUGCUCGGGAUUCCUGUUUUCUUAGUAAUAUUGUUUGCUUUAUAAAAGGAAAUUACAUUAAGGAAAAUUGUGUUUUAAUAUAAAUAAUAUAUGCAUUACAUGUAUGUCAUAAAUGCAGAGUACAUGUGAUAGUUCAACCAAAAACGUUUGAAAAUAUUUUGCAAUGUUAACGCACCAUCCCGUCAUUUCAAACUUGAAUGAUUUUCUUUCCUUUGAAGAACACAAAUAAGAUACUUUUGAAGAAUGUUUGUAACCAAACAACAUUGGCCCCUUUGACUUCAUUUGAGACAUUUCUCAAAAUACCUUUUUGUGUUUCACAGAAUGAAUUCAUACAGGUUUGGAAUGACACGAGGGUGAGUAAAUGAUGACAGAAUUAAAAUUUUUGGGCACAAGGUUUUGUGCCCAAAGAUGAGGUCAGCUGACUACAUGAAUAUAUGACCAGGUUAUUCCAUUAAUGAGUUUUUUCUUCCCUGAUGGCAAGGGCAUAUUCCAAGAUGACAGUGUCAGGAUUCAUCGGGCUCAAAUUGUGAAAGAGUGGUUCAGGGAGCAUGAGACAUCAUUUUCACACAUGGAUUGGCCACCACAGAAUCCACACCUUAACCCCAUUGAGAAUCUUUGGGAUGUGCUGGAAAAGACUUUCCGACUCUCCCAUCAUCAAUACAAGAUCUUGACGAAAAAUGAAUGCAACUCUGGACGGGAAAAAAAUGGACAUUUUGGACAUUGCAGAAGCUUAUCGAAACGAUGCCACAGCAAAUGCGUGCUGUAAUCAAAGCUAAAGGCGGUGCAACAAAAUAUUAGUUUUUUUUGGACGGGCAGUGUAUUUGCCUCUGCUAAAAUAUAUAUUAGUGUUUGUUCAUUAUUAAUAACCUCAUUAUUAAUAACCAACAAACAUUAAUAAUGGUCUUAUUCAUAAAUGUAUGAUUAUAAACCAUGGUCCUAUGUGGAAUAUAAACCUCUGUGGAAACAUCUGGAAUUGCCACUUUUUUUUAUUGUUAAAAUGCACAUUACAUUUAACAUGCUAUCUUUCCACUGGGUGGCGUCAUAUAACCAGUACUGUACAAUGAAACCGAGCUUUACAUAUAUUUUGGCUAAUAUUCAUAAUGUAACUGAUCAGAAAGAGCAUCCAUUCAGUCUUAAACUGACAGAUAUUGACGCUUGGUGCUUGGAUUGCAAACAAUGAUUCAGUUUAAAUCCUUCUAUUUGUGUAGUCUUGAAAUGGUCCCUACUACUAAAUCUGCAGCUGAAAUAUUGAAGACAAAAAUCAGGGCAUGAUGUAUGCUGUUUAUUAAUUUAUAUUAGUCACUAAUUUAAAGCUUUAGGCAGAAUCUAUGUUUUGGCAUUGAAUUAAGUUUCUAUGUAUUUGUCUGUGUUAUGUGUUUAUUAAGAGACUAGGAGACAGUGGGUGGUAAUGGCAUGAAGUUGUAAGAUCCUGUUUAUUCUGUUUAUGAGGGUCAUAUCCCCUAUGUAAUGACCUGAACUCUCACUGUGAAGUGUGUAGUAAAGA